GCGGGGUGUUUUGGAAAAAAAUUCGUUCACUCCGCUUCAAAGCGAACAUGAAGUGGGUGGCUGUGUGAAUUUGUGCCCCUACUUACACCUUAUCCACCUUUGACCCAUUCAUCGAAUACUUGCUUGGCACUCGUGGGAUUUCUGGACAGAGUAGUUGGAAAUUUCCAUCAUCAGGGACACAACGAAUCAUACGUAUAAGAGGACGCCACGAGGACGCAGGGCCACUUCCCUCCACAGUCGUUUGGGAUCAGAAGCUCAUUCAUCGAUGAGCCGAUUUCUGUGCUCUCCAUUGAGAGGGGGAACGCUCUUGAGAGUUCCACAAGCAUCGUCCACAUCACCCCUCGCCUCUCUCACGUCAUGGAUCAGGGCUUCAGGCGAAGCAACACCUUGGCUGACUCCAAUUCGAAACGUCUUGAUACUUGCACAAUUCUCUCCAAGCUUGUGGUUUUAAGUUUAACAUGAGGUCGGCGUGCCUGGUGAUCCUGGGUUCCUUGGUCUGCACUGGCUGCUUUGUGCUGUUCCCAAUAAUGCCCAGAGUUUUGAAAGUCACGGUCCCAAGGGAGACCAGUCUCAAAAGCUUCAAUGGCAACGACUUGAACGAUGGGGAGGAGGACGAGCCUGGCGGAGUUCGGGAUGAGACCCGCUACUUUUAUUACACGACGAAGCAAAUCAGUUCACGUGAGGCAGGACAACAGAGUGAAGAAGGCCACGGAAGAGCAACACCAGGUUUAAAUGCGUUGAAACAUUUGACGCAGCAAGGAAAUCUGCUGGGGAUAGAGAAAGCCGUCAAGAAAUACACCAUACCGCAAAGACGAGUCGUUCAUCUGGACCUAAAAGGCGCAGCUCCUAAUUUGAAAUACCUACGUGAAGUUUUGCCCUUAAUGAGAAAAGCCGGGGCCAACACUCUUUUAAUUGAGUAUGAGGACAUGUUCCCCUAUUGGGGUCCAUUGGCCUCCACCACCUCCUCGUCUGCAUACUCAUCCGAUCAAAUCAGAACAAUCAUGGGAAUGGCCAAAAACAAUUCCUUACAGGUUAUUCCACUCCUUCAGACUUUUGGACACAUGGAACACAUCUUGAAAUUCCAGACCUUCUCGCAUCUCCGCGAACAUCAAAAAUACCCCCAAUCGAUUUGUCCGUCCAAGAAUGACUCACUCUCGCUAAUUAAGACCAUGAUUGACCAAGUUAUGGUUUUCCACCAAGGUUCGACCGACUACAUACAUAUUGGUUGUGAUGAGGUUGUUCACCUGGGGAUCUGUCCCCAUUGCAAGUCUGUCAUGCGCAAGAUGAACCACGUUCAGAAAGGCUUGGGAACCCCACGGAGGCUCUACUUAGAGCAUGUGAAGGAAAUUGCCACGUAUGUCCAAGCCAAAUAUCAAAUCAAGCCUCUCAUUUGGGACGACAUGAUUCGCUCAAUUCCAAUGGCCGAGCUGAAAGCGUUUGGCCUUGGGGAGAUGGUCGAACCCAUGGUGUGGGUUUAUGCGGAAGAAGUGCCGAAGUUUAUCGAUGUCUACACGUGGCGGAAAUAUGUUCGGGUGUUCAAGAACAUAUGGGUGGCUGGCUCAUUCAAGGGGGCUUUCGGUGAACGCCUUCUGGUGCCGCCUCUGCGUCGACACAGUCAAAACUUGCAAUCUUGGUUGGAUGUCAUCGGGAAGGAGCGUUCGUUUCUCAAUUUCCGAGGCAUCGUCCUAACCGGAUGGUCUCGUUACGAUCACUUUGCUUCCCUUUGCGAACUUCUACCCACCGCGAUCCCCUCACUUGUCCUCGGUUUGGUCAAGAUCUCUACUCCAGCCAACGGCCAGAUUCAACUCAAUAUUGCCACCCGCCUCCUGGGCUGCCCAUUUACCUAUAAGUAUUCAGAUUCACAGUUCGAUGAGACUAAACUCAAUCACGAUCUCAAGUCAUGCCAAUUCCCGGGCAGACAAGUUUUUGAGCCGGUGGUGAACCUCAACAGUUUGCAUCAAGAGCUCGACAACUACUUGCGUCAAGUUUCGGCCAAAGGCUGGAUCACCCCGUACCACAAAACUCAUAACUACACCUCAACGUGGCGUUUGGCGGAGAUUCGCCGGAAGUAUCAAUCAUUGGACCGAGCAUUGGAGAGUCUCCACGAAACACUGACUUCGGCUCUCUCUGAAAUCUUUGACGAAUCCAUGGUCUCAGAAUGGAUGGAACAGAAUGUGGAGUGGGAACGGAAUCAGACUAUGGAGAACUUGUCUGUCCUCGAUUCGCUCAAAGCUCGAACAAUUUGGGGGGAUCGCCCUCACUAGCUUAGGAAUCUCAUGUACAUUUGUGUCUGCCCUCAUGAGUGACUAACUUCAUUAAUUUACAACAUAAUGCAUAUACAAAAUUAACCACCCAGCAAUAUAAUCCUGAUGAAUGAUUUCCCUGCCUUACAUGGGAGAAGUAUUGACCACCAUGUGUUCGUCCCUAUGUUCCCAGUAUUGACCAAUGUCGUACCUUGUUCACAAUACGUUUUAUUCCAAUAUGGCGGAAAAUACACUUCAACUUCCUUGAUUCACCCUGACGAAUGAUUAGUGCUCGUUUUUAGUGGUGUCCAGGGAUCAAGCUUGGUGAUCUCUUUCCAUGUUCUGUUAGGGGCGAGAUAUUGGGUUCUAAGAGGCUUGACCAGCCUUAUCAAUCCGUGAAAGCCUCACGCACCAGCGGCUUCUCUUCUUUUUAUUCGUUCCUUUCCCUAUCCAAGCAAGCCAAGAGUGGUGCCUCAAGUACGUACUAUACAGUACUCGAAUGGGUAUGAGAGAAAUCCGCUUUGCGAAUUAAGGCUCAAGUUAUGGUGAGGCCUGAUAACACGCCAAAAGCGAUCCCCUCCUUUCAAUGGUCAUUCAAGUGGUCAAGUUCAAAAGCAUGCAUUCAUUUCCUACACAGAGCAAAGGUAAGGAAGCCCAAAGAGUUUGAUGCGUGGAACACAAUAAAGAAUGGAUUUACGAUUCCCUGGUGUUUCUUAUCGUGCUAGUUUCCACUCAGGACGAGCAACGCAUCCAAACCUAACAACGGCGGGGAUUUUCUUUGGAGCCACCACGUCCUCCAUGAAAGAGCUACGCGAGAUGAGCCAAGAAAGAGUGCGUUUAUCUCUGGACCAAAUCAUCUUUUGAAAGUCUGGGCUUCGCUGAUAAGGGCGCCCCUAUCAACUCCUUCUCCUUAAACCGAAUAGAUAAGCAUGACUUUCUACUCAGACUGGUACAAGUAAUGUACGGUACUUCCCCCUAUUAAAAGUAGUUUUCGCCUUCAGCCUCCAUGGCAGCCAAACUUUUUAUCCAUGUCAACAUACUACAUUAUCAGGAUGAUGGCAUUUAAUUUUGAACACUUUCGAACAUCCCUGUCCAAAAGUGUCCAAAAUAGGGAAGUCCAAAAGCAAGCAACUCAAAGCCUACAAAAUGUUGCAAAAAUGUGUCUAUGUAUUGAUAUUUUUAAAUAAAACAUCGCUCAUUGAUGAUA